UUAGUCGGAUUAAGUCGACGUAAGCUCGAAGAAAAUGAAGAUGGCAAUUAGAGUUGGAGUUGGUGUUUGGAAAACCAUCAUGAACCUCAACUUGGCGAUGAUACUAGUUCACUGCAGUUUUGGAUCAGUCAAAGUUCAAGCUCUUUCGACUCGUCUUCCUGAUACGGAAGUGCAAGCCCUACGAGAAAUUGCUACACAAAUAGGGAAAAAAGACUGGGACUUCAAAGUAGACCCGUGCCUGAAUGACACAACCCACACAAGCUGGGCUACUCCAAAGUCUGCUGACAGGCCUCUAUUCAAUAACACUCUCAUUUGCAACUGCUCCUUCCCUGAUGGCUCAUGCCACGUCACCAACAUUAUUCUUACAGGGCAAGAUCUUGCUGGUGUACUUCCACCAUCUAUUGCAAAGUUACCCUACCUUACACAAAUCAAUUUCCCAAGGAACUUCCUCAGUGGCAAUAUACCGAGUGAAUGGGCUUCUACAAAGUUGGAAUUUAUGUCCGUCAGUGUGAACAACUUAUCCGGACCAAUCCCUGCCUUCCUAGGAAACAUUAUCACUCUAAGAUACUUGAGUUUAGAGACAAACAUGUUUACUGGAACUGUUCCUCCUGAACUUGGGAAGUUGGUUAACUUACAAAAUCUCAUUAUUAGUGCAAACAAUCUCACAGGAGUGUUACCAGUGGAUCUCACUAAUCUUACCAAAUUAACAGAAUUGAGGAUUAGCAGUAACAACUUCACUGGAAGAAUUCCAGACUUUUUCCGAAGUUGGAGUCAACUUAUAAAAUUAGAGAUCCAAGCUAGUGGUCUACAAGGCCCCAUUCCGUCUAGCCUUUCUGUUUUGAGUAAUUUAACAGAACUAAGGAUCAGCGACUUAAACGAAGGGGGUUCAGUAUUUCCAAACUUGACUAACAUGAAAAGCAUGAAAAGAUUAAUGCUGAGGAGCUGUAGUUUAUCGGGACCUAUAACUGAUUUAACAGCAAUGACAAGAUUGAAUAUAUUAGAUCUCAGCUUCAACAAAUUGGAAGGAAGUUUUCCGGAUCUUAAAGCUAUAGCUCUGGAUCCGAACAAUUUGCAGUACUUGUAUCUGACAAGCAACCUUCUCAAUGGCCCUAUUCCAGAUUGGAUUAAAAGCAAAGAUAACCGCUACCAGAUAGAUGUUUCUUACAAUAAUUUUUCCAAAGACUCUCAGCCAACUACAUGUAGCGCAUACCAGAACGUUUUCAAAAGCUCUUCUGCACUAAACAACUCAUUAUCUGGACCGUGCCUGGAGAAAUAUCCAUGUACAAAAGUUCAGUACUCAUUGCAUAUAAAUUGUGGUGGAGGAGCGACCACCAUUGGAGGAGUCAAAUUUGAAGAUGAUACAGAUCUUGGCGGUGGAGCAAAAUUUGUUCCAGUGAGACCUAACUGGGGAACCAGUAGCACUGGAUUUUUCUGGGAUACUAAUGUCACCUCUACAGACUACAUAGCAAAUAAUGCAUCGAUACUUGGAAUGGAAAACUCUCAGUUGUACACUAAUGUGCGCCUCAGUCCUCUUUCUCUCACAUAUUAUGCAAACUGCUUAGCAGAUGGAAAUUAUACGGUCAAACUUCACUUUGCGGAGAUAAUAAUCCGAGGCAAUAGAUCGUUUUUCAGUGUUGGAAGACGGAUAUUUGAUGUUUAUAUCCAGGAGAAACUUGUAUGGAAGGAUUUUGACAUCGUAAAGGAAGCACCAGGGGUUGAUAAGGUAGUCAUUAAAGUAACAAAUGCAGUUCAAGUUACAAACAAAACUCUAGAGAUUCGGUUUCAUUGGUCUGGGAAAGGCACAACAGCAUCCCCUAGACGAGGAAUCUAUGGUCCCCUUAUAUCAGCCAUUUCUAUAGAGCCUGAAUUCAAGCAUUCCAAAACAAAGAAGUAUAUUGUGGUUGGAGUUUCAAUUGGAGCUUUGGUUUUGUGCCUGUUAUUAAUUUUUGGGAACUUAUUGGAGCUAGUGGAUCCGAGGUUGGGGUCCGAUUUCAGUAAGAAAGAGGCGAUUAGAAUGAUCAAAGUAGCUCUACUGUGCGCCAAUCCAACAGCUACUCUUAGGCCUAUCAUGUCUGAAGUAGUGAGUAUGCUUGAAGGGCGGACCGCCGUGGAAGAAGUGGUUCUGGAUCCAAGUAUCCAUGGUGAUGAAAUGACGAGGUUAAGAGCAUUUGAAGAGCAGUUUGAUCACAGUACUGCACAAGGGAGCUCCGCAAGUGGAAGUCAUAGCCUCAUUCGUUCAUCAGAUGCACCAUGGACGGGUUCUUCUGUUGCUACUACGUCUUCAGAGCUCUAUAAAGUUUAUUCUAGUUAA